CAUCAUCGUCUUCCAGCCCCCGAUCUUUCUUGUUCUUGAUCACUCUAGCCGUCAUUUUCUUUUUCUAGAUCGGACUUCGUUUCUUUCUUCCGCCGGAAAAAAUGGCUCGUACGAAGCAGACCGCCCGGAAGUCCACCGGAGGGAAGGCGCCGAGGAAGCAGUUGGCUACGAAGGCUGCUAGGAAGUCUGCCCCCGCGACGGGAGGUGUGAAGAAGCCACACAGGUUCCGCCCAGGAACGGUGGCGCUGAGGGAGAUCAGGAAAUACCAGAAGAGCACGGAGCUGCUCAUCCGCAAGCUGCCGUUCCAGCGCCUCGUUCGUGAAAUUGCUCAGGAUUUCAAGACGGACCUGAGGUUCCAGAGCAGUGCCGUUGCAGCGCUUCAGGAGGCUGCGGAGGCCUACUUGGUGGGUCUCUUUGAGGACACCAACCUCUGCGCCAUCCACGCUAAGAGGGUCACUAUUAUGCCAAAGGACAUCCAGCUCGCCAGGAGAAUCAGGGGAGAGCGCGCUUGAUUGCGUUUUUGCUCCAAAAUCUGUGCUGCACAUGUUAGGGUUUUUUUUUGCUUUUUUUCCCCUCAGGGUUGUAGUUUUUCGUUGAUGGUGUCUAAAUGUAUGUGAUGUUCAUGAAUGAAAGGUGUUACUGGUUCUACGAAA